AUGAUCAGUCUGCAUUACGGACUACCAAAGAUCAUCCAAGAUGAGGAUGACGACAAUGAUCUCCCGAUCGAUUGCGACAUUGGUAAUAUAUCGCUUACCCAACUCCCACUUCCGCUACCCGGCGAACAGACUCGAUUUGCAUCCUUUUUGGUCUAUGUACGGUUGUCGAAAAUACUGUCUAUGGUUUUGAAGGACCUUUAUACCACCACCCGCAGACGAAAUGCUGAGGACGCGAUGGUUUCCCUGGACAGAGAACUAUCUAUGUGGCUCUCUCUUGCUGAGCCAGUAAUAGGAGAACUUUGGGACCCCAGUGAACGUGAAAAUGAUGCUCCUAGCUGGGACUUUUCUUCACUGUGGCUCCAUGCAAUGUAUCGGCUUGCUGUGAUAUAUAUCCACCGACCUGCUCUGACUUUCGAGCCAACAGAGCCAAAGUUCAAGGAUAGUCUUGGGAUAUAUUCGAAAGCGGCAUCUGCACUAAUUCAACUUUUGAUUAUGUCAACAUCAGAAAGACGAUUGUUUUACGCCUUACCGAUUGGGCCCAGCAUAGUAUUUCAAUGCGGUAUCUUGAAUCUAUUUGCUGUCUGGUAUACGCCUUCAUCAGCCCUUGAUUAUAAGAGUCCUGUCGAGUCCGCAGCCUCUCUCCUUGAGCACCUCGAAAAAUCGAUUUUCUACAAGAGGCCAACACCUGAGGAAGGGGCGAUAGGUACAAGAUACAACCAACCCCUAUCCCAUGCAGCUUGGGUUCUCCGGCACCUCUCUGCGAUUACAUCCCAAAUCCCUGACAUUUCAGGGUCACCCGCAGCGUCUUCAAGUCACCAAAAUGACUCCUCACAGUGGGCUUGCAACCCUGCUCCGAGUUAUACAGCCCCAGCAUACCAUCCCGAUAGCCGUGGUCAGCAUAAUGAUGUUGUUACUCCUUCAAUCCAAUUGGGAUUGCAAGCUCCUCAAGAACAAGCCACAUUUUUGGAUCCUAAUUUCCCGUGGGGACUUGGAGGUGGCAUUGACUACUUUAAUCAGAUGUAUGACAGUCUGUGGAAUUUUUUGCCGUCCGUAGAUGACAUGAUGGGAGAUGUCAUGCUUGACCUCAAUCAACCUCAUUGA